AACCAAAACAAAUACCCCAAUCGACCCUACUUUCCCUACGAAAGCAAAUUCUUCAAUUUAAACACAGAAACAAAAUCACCACCUUCAAAGUCUUCUCUCUCGAGAAUCAUCGAAUAAAACUAGGGUUUCCGAUCGUCGUCGAGGAGAAUGCCGAAGAACAAGGGAAAGGGAGGAAAGAACCGGAAGCGCGGGAAGAACGAGGCGGACGACGAGAAGCGGGAGCUUGUGUUCAAGGAGGACGGCCAGGAGUACGCGCAGGUGCUCCGGAUGCUGGGGAACGGCCGCUGCGAGGCGAUGUGCAUCGACGGCACCAAGCGCCUCUGCCACAUCCGCGGCAAGAUGCACAAGAAGGUCUGGAUCGCCGCCGGCGACAUCAUCCUCGUCGGCCUCCGCGACUACCAGGACGACAAGGCCGACGUCAUCCUCAAGUACAUGCCCGACGAGGCCAGGCUCCUCAAGGCCUACGGCGAGCUUCCUGACAGCACCAGGCUCAACGAGGGCAUCGGCGCUGGCCUUGAUGAGGAGGAGGAUGGGGCCGGAAAUGAUUAUAUCGAGUUCGAGGAUGAGGAUAUUGAUAAGAUUUGAAGGAAGAGAAAAAAAAGUUAGGGUUUUGGUUUUGGUUUGUGUUGCUGAUGCCUCUUUUUUUGUUUUUGUUUUUGUUUGAGAUUAUAUAUGAAAUUGUUAUGAUUUGGUGAUGGAUUCACUUUAUGGUAUGUGAUGGUGUUGCCUCUGUGUACUGUGGCAUAUGGAUAUGGUGAAUGAAUUUUAAUGAAAUAAGAGCUGGUUAUAUGGUGUUAUAGUUACUA